CCUUCUCAACAAUAUAAAACUCCUUAGACAUACAAUAUAUAUUAUAUUACAGAUGCAAUGCAUCAUUAAAUACAAAUUAUUAAACUAAACGUCCUUCGCCUCUCUUUAUUUGCUAUAUAAAGAAGAUCAUUUACACAUCUCCUUAAGCUAAUUAAACCCCAUCGACAAACACAUAUACACAUAGAUACACAGAUAUAUGUCUAUAUCUCCGACAAUGUCUCGAACAGGCGAAAGUUCUUCGGGCUCGUCCUCCGACAAGACGAUAAAGCUAUUCGGCUUCGAACUCAUCAGUGGCAACCGUUCGCUGGAAAUCACGACGGCGGAAAGCGUGAGCUCGUCCACAAACACGACGACGACGUCGUUGACAGUGAUGAAAAGACUCGAAUGCCAAUACUGUGGCAAAGAGUUCGCAAAUUCUCAAGCUUUGGGAGGUCACCAAAACGCUCACAAGAAGGAGAGGUUGAAGAAGAAGAGGCUUCAGCUCCAAGCUCGACGAGCCAGCAUCGGAUAUUACCUCACCAGCCACCAACAACCAAUAAUGACGGCGUUUCAGGGAACAUACCAAACGCCGUCGUAUUGUGCGUUCUCCUCCAUGCAUGUGAAUAAUAAUAAUCAGAUGGGCGUGUAUAACGAGGACUGGUCGCCGAUGUCAUCGCAGAUUAGCUUCGGUAGUAAGAACACAUGUCAAGAUCUUAAUGAACAAAGCGGUGAGAUGGGUAAGAUGUACGGUGUACGACCGAACAUGAUUCAGUUCCAGAGAGAUCUGACUUCUCGUUCUGGUUCAAAGAGAAGCAUUAAGUCGCUGGAUCUUCAUCUAUAGGUCUCACCGGAGAUACGGCAUAACAAAGAUAUAUAUAUAUAUAUAUAUAUAUAUAAUUAAGUUAUAUACUAGUGGUGUAUUUUAUUGGGAAAAAGAAGGGAAAAAAAAAACACGAAAGAUAGUGUUCGUGAUGCAAUUUGAGUUUUAUUUAUUAGCUAGGUUAAUGUAUGUUCUUUAAAAAUUCAUAAUCCAAGUGAUGUUGUAGAAAUAUUCAAAAAGAAAAGAAAAGACAAAAAAAACUCAA